GGCCGCGCGCGCUCAGUCAGCUGACAACCGCAGUUGCUAACGCACGCACCAACCCGACCCACCGCGAGACGGUACCGCGCAGUGAACUCAACCCGAGUGUUAAUCUCUUCGUGUUAAUAAGAAUAAAAUAAAAUGGCCACCUACGCCCAAUUCAAGCACGUCGAACUCUACAAAAUCGGCCACGGAAAGAACAGGGUACCGAACGCCCCGAAGAGCUGCAUAGCCGAGAUCUUCAGCUCGGAUGCGACCGACGGCGGCAGCCCGGUGAAGAAUGGUACAUCCCGGCCGCGCGUAGUACGCGACACUCCCACCCGCCCGCGCGACACCCAUUCCAGGCUCUUUGGACAGGCAGCGAACCACGGCCCUGUGGCUCCCAUGGUGACGGACACGAUCCGCAGCCAGAUUCAGUUUGGUGACAGCGCUCACGGAAACGGCAUGAACGGUGGAAGCCCAGUCCAUUCGCCGUCCAAGAUGAAUGGGAGCGCGAUGUCGACGCCCAGCAGAGCAUCGUACUCUCCGCCGAAGAGGAAUCCGGUGACCGGCGACGGAGUGCUGUUGCCACCGCAGCGCCGCCGCCACCCGGCCGCCAGCCUGCGAGAAGGCAACCCGAUCACCGGAGACGGCUACAAGUCGAUGAACGGCCAGAUUAACACCGUGACGUCAGUGAAUGGUACCAGCCACAUCAUCAACCACAGCCGCGUGCCGCCAGGCGGGUUCUCAUCCGGCCUCUGGUAGGCUCAUGUCACACCCCCACUACUCAUCGUAUCCACUCGACGGCACCACAAAAACAACUCAGUCGUCGCUCAACUCUUGGCGCGCGCGGACCGCUAAUAUUCUAAAUUCAAUCACCGUUUUGAGAUUUAUAAUAUUAUCGGUUGGAUUGGAAAAAAUACUUUUAAAAAUUUUGCAUUUAUUUCUCAACUACCAUUUUGUUAAUCUACUAAAUUACGAGUAGUAUUUUAAAUUCUAGUUACGCAACGUGCACCAUCAAACUGUAACGUCCACUAAAGACAGAUGAUAUUUUAUCUCGUUAAUUGAAUCCUUAGCCUAUCCCAGUAACAGUUUAUUCGAAUAAUUUAGAAAUAGAUUUAUAGAUAUUUUUGUAAUAGUAUUUCGAUAGUUAUUAUAAAGACUAUUCUCGUUUAGUUGCUCUCUGUAAUCUUAUGUGCGUUUGAUAGAUUCCUAACGCUAGUUUUAAGAUGGCAUAGACCAACGACAUUAAAUUAAGUACUCGAGAAAAUGUACUCUUUCACACUUGUAACUGUGUUUAACGCAUCGAUUGAGAAUUAGAGGUGUGAGGAAUGUAUCAGCAAUAUACCAAAACGAAAAGUGCCUUGAAGGAGGGCGAAAGGAAAUUAUCAGAUUUGUAAUACGGUUGAAUUUAGAUCUAGUAUGGAGUGAUUAUAUUAUCUAUAUAGUUCACGGUAUAGAAAUAGUAAUCAUAUGGCACUGGCUAAUUGAUA